CACUCUCUCUCUUGCUCUGCUUCUCUCUUCAUCCCUUACACACACACUGCCUCUUCCUCUCCCUUACAGACACAAUCCCUCUCCCUCUCUCCCUCACACACACACUCCCUCUCCCUCUUCCUUACAUUCACCACUCCCUCUCCCUCUCUCACACACUCCCUCUCCCUCUCACACACACUCCCUCUCCCUCUCCCUUACUUUCACCACUCCCCUCUCCCUUUUCUCUGUGUUCUCUCCUUGCCUGUCUGAAUUCACAGUGGGUUUUGACUCUGCACUACGAUGUCUGCAGUUGCAGGAAGCUCUCUGCAGUGAGCACGCCGAGGUUAUGCUUCUCCAAAGUCCUCUGUUGAGUCAGAAACAGAGUGAAAAGGGCUAAGGACUGCGUCACGACAUACUGCCCUGACCUCGUGACCCCGCACGGAGCCAUGAGUAACCCUAAGGAUGCCAGCGACGUCGCCACCAACACCAAGACCGCGGUCACGUCAGCUCCGGUCCAGCCGCCGCCCUCUCCUCGGCGGAUUGACGAUGACGAGGACGAAGAGCGGGACCUGAACAAGACCCUGGGAGUGCAGCGGUUCCAGCAGAUCCUCCACCCGCCGGCCCGUGGACCACCAGAGAAGCACCGGGCCUAUAACGAGGAGGACUUUGAGUACCACCGCCACUCCUCUCAUCACAUCCACCACCCGCUGUCCAAACUUCCCCCGGAGGGGAAGAAGAAGAAGAGCAACAAGAGGAAGAAGGGAACGGGACGGAGAAGAGGAUCUGGGGCCGGAGGAGCUCCCACCAUAGAGGAGGACGAGGAGGAAGAGGAUGUGGAGGAAGAGUCCUACAGCCAGUACGAUGGAGAGGGAGGGCAGACCACCACACCUGAUACAGACAUGGACACACAAAACGAGGAUGUGCAGUUCUUUGUGUCUGAGGAUGACUGUGCCAGUGCCACUCCUACUCCCACGCCAAGCCAGCCUGGCAGUGCCAGCUUUCCCAGACGCCUCACCAUCGUACCCGAGACUGCCCUGGGCACCGACCUGCCAGAGGACGCCACACCUACUGAUAAGCCAGUGGAUUCGGUGUCGGCCCCUCACAAAGGGAGGAACGGCCUGUCCUCCGGCCCCUCCCGGGAGUCCCCCAGCCCCUCCACAUUGGGUUCCAUACCUCCCUCCUCCAGAGCCCCGCCCCCUGGUGGUAGCCGCAGCUACGACCUGCAGGAGCGCCGGCGCUCGGGCAACAUGACGUGUGGGCUGCAGGAGCAUCACCAGCGCCAGGCCACUGACGAAAGCGAGGCACAGAUGCUGGGGUCCGCCGACCUGGAUGGGAUCAAAAGCCACAGGUUCGAGGAUGUGCCUGCGGUUCGCCGUCACCUGGUCAGGAAGAGCAACAAGGGUCAGGUGGUACACAUCAACAAGGACCACAAGGAGCCUAGUGCCCGCAGCCGCAAGUUGGAUCGUACCCCACAUGAGGCAGUGGUUGUGUAUCGAUCCACAUCUCUGUUGGACAGAAUGGUUCGCUUGGAGUUCGUGGGUCGUAUGGCACGGCACCAGAAGGUGUUUGUAGAGCUAAACGAGCUGGUGAUGGAUAAGAACCAGGAGUUGCAGUGGCGGGAGACGGCUCGCUGGAUCAAGUUUGAGGAAGACGUGGAGGAGGAAACGGACCGUUGGGGAAAACCCCACGUCGCCUCGCUCUCCUUCCGUAGUCUCCUGGAGCUCCGAAAGACCAUCUCCCACGGUGCGGUGCUGCUGGACUUGAAGCAGAAGACCUUGCCUGGCAUCGCCCAUCAGGUGGUGGAGCAGAUGAUUAUCUCUGAUCAGAUCAAAGUAGAGGACCGGGCCAAUGUCCUCAGAGCCCUACUACUUAAACACAGUCACCCGAGCGACGAGAAGGAACACAGCUCUUUCACGCGGAACAUCUCUGCCGCCAGCCUGGUCUCACUGAUGGUGAACCACCAAAACAGCAGCAACCACACAGGCCAAGCCGAGCCCUCUGUGACUGACCCCCUCAUGGAUGGAGGAGGGGCUGCCGGCACCCUCACAGACUCCCGCAUCGACAUGGAGAAGAGCGAGAAGGACAAUCCUCCCAUAUUGGGCAUGCACAGGUCCAAGUCCAAGCAUGAGCUCAAGUUGCUGGAGAAGAUUCCGGAAAAUGCAGAGGCCACUGUCGUCCUCGUAGGCGCCGUGGCCUUCCUGGAGCAGCCUUCCAUGGCGUUUGUGCGUCUGCAGGAAGCCGUCCUGCUGGAGUCCGUGCUGGAGGUUCCUGUUCCCGUGCGUUUCCUCUUCCUCCUCAUGGGCCCGCCCAUCGCCAACAUUGACUACCACCAGAUUGGCCGCUCCAUCUCCACACUUAUGUCUGACAAGCACUUCCAUGAGGCGGCAUACUUGGCGGACGAGCGGCAGGACCUGCUGAAUGCCAUCAACAGCUUCCUGGACUGCAGCAUCGUGCUGCCGCCGUCUGAGGUGGGUGGCGAAGAGCUGCUGCGCUCGGUGGCUCGCUUCCAGAGAGAGAUGCUCCGCAAGAGAGAGGAGCAGCAGGGCAAGGAGCUCAAGGUCAAAGAGUCAAAGAGCCCAAAGGAUAAAGCUCUGCAGGCGCCCUUUAAACCUGGGGUCGACCCUCUGCGCCGUUCAGGCCGCCUGUUUGGGGGUCUGAUCCGCGACGCCGCACGGCGCUACCCCAAAUAUGCCAGUGACUUACGUGACGCGCUCAACCCCCAGUGCAUGGCCGCCAUCAUAUUCAUCUACUUCGCUGCCCUGUCGCCCGCCGUCACCUUCGGAGGACUACUGGGUGAAAAAACAGGGGGGUUGAUUGGCGUGUCGGAGCUGAUCAUCGCCACGGCAAUGCAGGGGGUUAUAUUCUCUCUCCUUGGGGCGCAGCCUCUCCUUGUGGUGGGCUUCUCUGGACCCCUGCUGGUGUUUGAGGAGGCCUUCUACUCGUUCUGCAAUGCCAAUGACAUGGAGUAUCUGACGGGCCGGGUAUGGAUUGGCUUCUGGCUGGUGCUCAUCGUUGUCCUCAUAGUGGCCUUCGAGGGAAGCUUCCUGGUCCGCUUCGUGUCGCGCUUCACCCAGGAAAUCUUCUCCUUCCUCAUCUCCCUCAUCUUCAUCUACGAGACCUUCUCCAAACUGGGCAAGAUCUUUCAAGAGCAUCCUCUUCAACGCUGUUACCUAGUCAACGGCACAUGGACGUCAUCAUCAUGCAACCACACUGUGGUCGACGUGCCUGACAAGGUGGUAGGAGAGCCCAACACAGCCCUUCUGACGCUGGUGCUCAUGUCUGGAACCUUCUUCAUUGCAUUCUACCUGCGCAAGUUCAAGAACAGCGCCUUCUUCCCUGGCAAGCUCCGUAGGAUGAUUGGAGACUUCGGGGUUCCCAUCUCGAUUCUCAUCAUGGUGUUGGUGGACUACAGCAUAAAAGACACCUACACCCAGAAGCUGAGCGUGCCCACAGGUUUCUCGGUGACCAGUCCUGAGAAGCGGGGGUGGCUGAUCCCCCCGCUGGGCUCGGACGGCCAGUUCCCUGUCUGGAUGAUGGGUGCUAGCAUCCUACCCGCCCUGCUCGUUUUUAUCCUUAUCUUCAUGGAGACGCAGAUCACCACGCUGAUAGUCUGUAAGAAGGAGCGGAUGCUGUUGAAGGGCUCCGGCUUCCACCUGGACCUGCUCAUCAUCGUGGCCAUAGGUGGGGUUUCAGCCCUCUUCGGCCUGCCCUGGUUGGCCGCCGCCACCGUGCGUUCUGUCACCCACACCAAUGCCCUUACCGUCAUGAGCAAGGCGGUGGCCCCCGGCGAUAAGCCCCGUAUCCAGGAAGUGAAAGAGCAGAGGGUGACGGGCUUCUUCGUGGCUCUGUUCGUUGGUUUGUCCAUUGUGAUCGGAGAUCUCCUGCGCCAAAUUCCCAUCGCCGUGCUCUUUGGGAUUUUCCUCUACAUGGGUGUCAUGUCCCUCAACGGUAUCCAGCUCACCGAGCGCAUGCUGCUGCUGCUUAUGCCCCCCAAGUAUCAUCCUGACCACACCUAUGUCCGCAAGGUGAGGACCCUGCGGAUGCACCUGUUCACAGCGAUUCAGCUGGUGUGUCUUGCGGCUCUGUGGGCGGUCAUGUCCACCGCGGCCUCGUUGGCCUUCCCCUUCGUUCUCAUCCUCACCGUGCCCGUCAAAUGGUUCCUGCUUCCCCGCAUCUUCACCACACGCGAGAUGCAGUGUUUGGAUGCAGACGACGCCGAACCUAAGUUUGAUGAGAGGGAGGGACAGGAUGAGUACACAGAGAUGCACAUGCCUGUAUAAUGAUUGGUUGGGGCCAACGUGAUGAACAUCCUGCUGACCAAUAGGCACCCAAGUCCUAUACUCCAGGAAGUUGCUCCUAACCCACCAAAUCCUUUGUUUGUUAACCUGAUAUUUUAUAAAUGCACCACUGAUGGUUUGAACGGUUUUAUUUGUAUUUUAUUGAAUUAUUUUUAAACGUUUUUAGAGUCCCAACUCCCAAAUCAUGUUUUUUUUGGUCUGUUUUUACUAUUUUGCUUUUCGGAAGGUGGAUAUAUACUUCUAAAUUGUUUUAGUCAUUGUUACAAUGUUGAAUCCUGUUUUUAUGUAUCUUUAGGGUAUUGUGGGGUAUGUUUUCAUUUCAGGUGGGAGUUGGAUUUGCUAUGUGUCAAAGUAAAGGAUUGGUGUACACAUAAAAGCUGCUGUUUGCCAUUGUAGUGUAAAUCCCCACCCCCCUGAGAAGCCUAUAUUCGGCGCCUAUUCAAGACUUCUGGUGAUAGCAGAUAUGAAUUAUUUUCUGGUUUACAGUGUCUUCUGUUUGCUUCUGUGGUGGUGUUAUCACAUAUGCUAUGUGGCUAUGCAAGUUGGUUAUGAUGAUAUACGGUCUGUUACAGUGUAAUCAAGCACGCCAAAGAGUUCUGGUUUUGUCUCAGUAAGUUUGUUUUAGAAUCGGGUACAGUGGGUAAGUGACUGAACGUUGUUGUCUUCUAGAGGACAAGGUCUGUUCAGGUGUGGGGGGGUGUUUACAGGGGUAUGAUACAUUAAGAAUAGGGGUGCCUACAUCCAUUAUACUGUUGUUUAAAGAGCAACUGCCCCUUAAAACCAACUUCUCAUUUAGAAAACUUCCUAUAUGGCAUCAGUAUGAGUCAGAAACAUUUAUUUUACUGUCAAGAUUUACUACAACGUGUAAAUAGGAUCAUUUUGGUCAUGAAGUCAGUCUAGUACAAAACUGAGUUUUGCAAGACUUGUGGUCAUGACUGCAUCACAAUGUAAAUCAAUGUUGGGUUUGUUUCAAUCCUGCUGGCAGCCCACAAGCAAUCAUCAAUUCCGAGAGCAGCUGCACGUGACCCGGUCUUAAUGCCGGUGGUAAAUUUGGGCUGACUUUGGAUAUUCCUAUGGGGCUAGUUAGGGACCAUGGUAAAUGACACAAUGUAUAUGGGACAUUAUGUUAAAAUUACAAUAGUUCCACAUUUCAAUGACUUAAAAAUCUCAAACCAACUACAAAAUGUAGAAAUUCCUAUACAAAUAUUGAAAGCAUUUAAUGAGAACUAAAAGGUGUGCAACAUUUACAUUGUGUAAUUUAUUGACGGCCCCUAACUAGCCCCGGAGAUAGGCUAUCCAAAGUCAAACCAAUUUUGUCACUGUCGCACACCAGCCAGCUGAAGCUAAUUUGCUAAAUAAGUCUUCCUACCUGUGAACACACACACACACACGAGACACCCACGUCAGACCACACCCCAAAACCAACUUGAGGUUUAAAUUCAGUCUUGGCAGCUAGUAUUUCUUACGGAACCUAAUGUAAAAUGAGGCCAUAUUAGGAAGUGCAGUUACCCUUUAAAAGCAGCCCUCAUUCAAACGGAUUAAUUACUUGCAAUUGAAUGAAUACAGGCCUAGCAAUAAAGUAGCACUACAGUACCCCUGGUGUAUAUUUGGGAUGGUACACGGCGGAAGUCUUCAUUUGGCAAUCUUUGCCUCAGGAAGUUAAUGUGUCCAAAUUUUUUCCCCCUAUCCUGUAGGACUGACAAACACUGUAUAUUUUUUGAAGAGCACAUACUGAAAGUGACUUUCGACCGACCCUUUGCUGCUUAGAUCUCACCACUGUGCUUUUUCCCAACAUGUUUAAAGAUGUUUGGUCCCAUUACAUAAAUCGUCCAUCAUACCUGUAUACACUACAUACCACUUUUAAGUGAGUCACUUGAUUCUCACUGCCAUGCACUCCUACCGUAGUCAUGUAGUCUUUACCUCUCCACCCAUGUCUCUUGACUCCAUUUAACUGUAGUAAAUGCCUACUAUGUAUUUUGUAUAUGGAACCUUGUCUUGUUCCAGAGUAUGAUUAUGGCCUUCCAUGCUUUAUCUACAUAUGACGACCAGCUAUGUGAUUGUGCCUGAAAGAGUUAAAGCGACAUUCACUACAAAUCGGCGUGAUCUGAAAACACCAAUGUAAAAAAUGCAAUCAGUUAUUAAGCCAACUGAGCUUUUGGGAGGGAAAUCACAUGACGUUUCAAUUGUGUACUACAGUUUUAAGUAUGAUUAUGGCUUUAAUGUACAGUCACCAAAAAGUCGGGAGACAUUCUAUUCCAUACAAAUUAAGGCAUUUGUAAGUAUGUAUGCACAUCUAUUUACUUGGGGCCCAGUAGUUACUCAUGUCUAUAAACCCAAUAAGGCUAGUCCAUUCAUAACUGCUGUUUCCAUCUUAAAAUGUCACUGAAUGUGUUGUAACAACACAUGCAGCCAUAAUCAAAGUUAUUGAUAUUAUGUUUACUUUUUACCACAUUAAAGUUAAACCACAUGCAAUACAGUUCUUUGCAAGUAUUCCAAAAGUAAUGCAGUAGGAAUACUGUCUCAUUGAAUCACUGCAAAUGAAGAGCACUGGAUGCCUUGUAUGUGUUUGUUAUCAUGUGGUCCUCCUCCCCCCCCUCCUAAAAGAAAUUGCCUCUGUUGCAGAUUUGCUAGCAUCCAGAAAUAUGCUAAAAUAUUAACUAAUGUUCUCUCACAUUUUAUUAUUCUUUUUUUUUUUUUUAAACUGCAAAUAUUAUAGCAUUUUAUAUUUCAAAUCUAUUGUUGACAUGCAGGGAUGUAGAAAUGAGAUUGAGAAGUAAAGAAGAAAUAAAAUAUAUUAUACAAGUAUAUCCAUAUAUUUUCGUAGGACUCAAUCAUGGUUCAAGUGCUUUCGGGCUUUAGCUACAUUGCAAUAUGUUAAAAAUAAACAAUCUUCCUUGCUCUAGCCUUGCCAAGUUUGUAGAAUUAGAGCUUUAACUGAUUGUAAAUGUUAUUUGUUUUUUAUAUAUAUAUGUACAAAUAAAUGAAGCUUAAUAAACUGAAA